AUGGGAGCCCACCCGCAGGAACCUCAGAAGCCUUGUUCCAGGGUCCAGACCCUGUUCAAGAAGAUAAAGAUCUUACUCAGCAAAGCCCUGCCCCCACCCCCACCCCCACCCCCCUUCCGGAACUCGGGUUGUGCACACGUCUAUGGGUAUGUGUUUGGGCAUGUGCAUGGAAACGACCCCAAGCAUCAUUCAUCACAGCAGGUGCUGGACACGGGAGAGCAGCUGAUGGUCCCCGUGGAUGUCCUGGAAAUGGAUAAUGAGGGGACCUGGUGGAAGUUUCUGCUCUCGGGGGCUGUGGCUGGGGCCGUGUCUCGCACAGGCACAGCCCCUCUGGACCGAGCCAAGGUGUACAUGCAGGUCUACUCCUCCAAGACCAACCUCAUGAACCUACUGGGGGGUCUACGGAGCAUGGUCCAGGAAGGGGGCUUCCACUCCCUAUGGCGGGGGAAUGGUAUCAAUGUACUCAAGAUUGCCCCCGAGUAUGCCGUCAAGUUCUCCAUCUUUGAGCAGUGCAAGAAUUAUUUCUGCAGUGAAAAUGGCUCCCCACCCUUCCAGGAACGCCUUCUUGCUGGUUCCCUCGCUGUCGCCAUCUCCCAGACACUCAUCAACCCUAUGGAGGUGCUGAAGACGCGGCUGACCUUGCGCUGGACGGGCCAGUACGAGGGGCUGUUUGACUGCGCCAGGCAGAUCCUGGAACGGGAGGGCACUCGCGCCCUUUACCGUGGCUACCUGCCCAACAUGCUGGGUAUCAUCCCCUAUGCCUGCACCGACCUGGCUGUCUAUGAGACACUCAAGUGCUUCUGGCUGAGGUUGGGCAGAGACAUGGAGGACCCCAGCAGCAUGGUCAGUCUGUCGUCCGUGACACUGUCCACGACCUGUGGCCAGAUGGCGAGUUACCCGCUGACCCUGGUGCGCACGAGGAUGCAAGCCCAAGACACCGUGGAGGGCUCGAAUCCCACCAUGCGCGGCGUCUUCCGGCGGAUCCUCGCCCAGCAGGGCUUGCCGGGGCUGUACCGAGGCAUCUCCCCCACAUUACUGAAGGUGUUGCCAGCAGGUGGCAUCAGCUAUGUGGUGUACGAAGCCAUGAAGAAAACCCUGGGUGUAUCAGCAAUGAGCUAAGGGACAUGGCCUGGGCAGAAACAGGAGAAUGGGUGUCCUCUGGCCCCAAACAAGCCCUCCAGGCUCAGGACCUGGGGCAGUUUUUGGAAGGAGGAGACAGGCUGAGGGCCUGGGUCAGAAGAUUCCAGGGGUGCCCCUUCCCCAGGGUGUAGCCCGAGACUGGAGUUUGGACUCCAGCCUGACUCC